AUGCACGCAAGCUCCAGACAGCGCAGCACGUCGCCCAUCCUGUUCUAUGACAGAGACCAGCCUUACUACGAGUUUACCAACUUCGCACCAUACGCUAUCAAGUACGAGGACAAGACAUAUCCGACUGCAGAACAUUUAUUCCAAGCUCAUAAGUUCCUCGACACACGCCCGGCACUCGCAGAAGAAAUCAGGAACGCACCUAGUCCACGCGGGGCUCUCGAUGAGGCAACCAGGAUGCAAAAGCUUCGGCGUGACGACUGGCUCGACGUAAAUAUCAGCGUUAUGGACCAGGUCCUGGAGGCGAAAUUUACUCAGCACCCGGCCCUACGCGACACGCUUCUCAAGACAGGGGAUAGGGGGAUAAUUGAGGCCAGUCCUGUGGACGCAUUCUGGGGAUACGGUGACGACAAACAAGGCAGAAAUGAGCUAGGAAAAGCUCUGGUGAGACUCAGAGAGAAGUUCCGC